AUGAUGCCAGUGCUCAGAGGAAGAAAAGGAAGGCUCCUCGGAGGUGGUGCGGAAGCCUUUGAGAGGGUGACGGGGGUCAUGCUGGGACCCCGAAAGACGUGGGACCUCAGCCACUCCCCCUGUCUGCAGGACCUGUGGAAAAGCGACAUUUCCUUGGAUGCCAGCACUCUGGAAUUCCUGAUGAGCGAAGGGGAGGACGACGCCUCCUUCCUGUCUCUGCCCAGCCCUGCCUUCUCGCGGCGAUCCCCGCCCAGCCAGUCGGACGUGCCCGGGCCGCUGCCGUUGCAGCUCACCCAGACGCCCCAAGACCAAGCCUGCCGCCUUCAGGCUUUCCUCGACCCGGUAGAAGAAAACGACGGACGUCGGCGGCAGCACACCGUGGAGGAGCGGACAGCGGCGCCAGGCGCCACGGAUAAAGAGCAGCUGAGCGCUCGCUUGCAGGUGGAGGAACCGGAGAAGAAGCUAGCGGAGCAAACACGGGAAGCGGAGAGACUUUGCUCGGCUUCGGGGGCGACGGACUUGGAGAAGCGCCUGGAGCUUCUGGAGGCGGAGAACAUGAAUCUCAAGCGACGGCUAACUUGUCAGGAGGCGGAGUAUCCUUACCGACAGAGAGACCGCCUCCCGGCGGAGGCGGACCACGGCGGGCGACCACGGAGUGCCGCGUCUACGCAGACGGCAGAGGAGGCGGAGUCCGGCGACGUUGAGUCUUCGCUUCGUGCGCAAAACCUUUUGCUCCAGGAGCAAGUUUGCGUGCAGCGCCACCUGCUGAGGGAGUUGGAGACGCAACUGCAGCAGUCGCAAAGGACGUGCGCUCAACUCAGGACGCAGGUGGCGCUGUACGACGGCGAAGCGGAGCGCGCCCGUAAGCGACUGGACGGCGAGCUGAUGCGAUUGAAGGAGGAGAAGGAACGCGUGGUGGAGGAGGCCUUCGUCAGGGCCGAGACCCAAAUGGAGGCCGUGCGGGAUAACCUGGCAGGAGUGCGCCUGAAGCUACUGGGUCUUCACCCCGCUUUGAGGACGCUCACCAGCGAUUACAACGCACUUAAGAAGCAAGUGCAUCACUUCCCCGCUAUGCUGCGGAACGCCAUCGAGGACGCCAAGCACGAGAUCUGUCAGGUGAUCAGUGAGGUGAGCGUGACCAACCAGAAGCUGCUGGACAAGUACAAACGUGAGAUGAACCUGAGAAAGAAGAUCCACAACCAGCUGGUGCAGCUUAAGGGCAACAUCCGCGUGUUGUGCCGCGUGCGUCCUGUCGACGGCGAGGAGAGCGUGUUGACCUUUGACCCGGAUGACGACGGCAUCCUCUACCUGGACAACAAGGGCAAAGUGGUGACCUUUGACCUGGACAAAGUUUUCCCGCCUCAGGCAACCCAAGAAGAGGUUUUCCAGGAAGUGGAGUCGCUGGUGACGUCGUGUAUCGACGGCUUCCACGUCUGCAUCUUCGCUUACGGACAGACUGGAUCGGGAAAGACGUACACUAUGGACGGCGUUCCGUCGGACCCGGGCCUGAACCAACGAGCUCUGCGCCUCCUCUUCUCACGAGUCUGCUCCAAAAGUCCCGAGUGGGACUUUCACAUCUGCGUCAGCAUGCUGGAGAUUUACAACGAAACCCUCAGGGACCUUCUGGGCGACAAGCGGGCCGACAAGCUGGACAUCAAGAUGAACCCCGACGGCAGCGGGCAACUUUACGUACCCGGACUGACGCGCGUCGCUGUGCGCACGUUGGAAGACGUCAACCAGGUUCUGGAGGCGGGGCGAGCCAGCCGAGCCACGGCCAGCACCGACCUCAACCGGCGAAGUUCUCGCUCGCACGCCCUGCUGAUGGUCAGCGUGUCGGGAAUCAACGCCACCACGGGAAGCCGCACGCAAGGGAAGCUGAACCUGGUGGACCUGGCCGGUUCCGAGCGGGUGCGCAAAUCUGGCGCCGAGGGCGGCCGCCUGCGAGAGGCGCAGCACAUCAACAAGUCGCUGUCGGCGCUAGGCGACGUCAUCAACGCGCUGCGAUGCAAACACGCCCACGUUCCCUUCAGAAACUCGCGCCUCACCUUCCUACUGCGGGACAGCCUCACGGGCGACGGAAAGACGCUCCUCGUCGUGCAGGUGUCUCCGGUGUCGACAGACGCCGGCGAGUCGUUGUGUUCGCUGAAGUUCGCUCAGCGCGUCCGCAGCGUGGAGCUCAACGCCUCCGGCUCCGCCGCCGGGAGGCCUGACAGCCGCUCGGCCUCGUCGUCGCCCACGCGCCAAAGCUCGGAGAUGGAGUCUCCGCCUCUGAGCCUAGGGCCCCUCCCCUUAUCUCGUAGCAGCAGCGCAGGCUCCUCCCUAAACUCCGCCUCCAGACCGCCCGCCGGCUCUCGGCGCAAAUCCAAUUCGCAGCUUCCCGCGGAUUGAUUUGGAGUCAGCAGAAGGCGAGCAGUCGGACGCUGUCCAUCCCGUGACGUGUGGAGACGAGACGGCGGGACAGAGAAGCACUUUAACUUUUCACCUGGCGGCGUUUCCCUUAAGUCCUCCUCCGUGUGACAUGACUUGAGAAAUUUGCUUUUUUUAUUUUGAAUAAAGGCUCAAACUUGUUUGACGACUGACGGAUUGUCUUUAAUUUCUGGGGGGCAUCGCCAAGCGAGCUGGCCGGGAACAUCCUUGGCAGCUUUUUGGCUAAUGACGUCCGAUUCCCGGGUCGGUGGCGAAACAAUGACCUGCUGUUUUUCUGCUGCAUAACAUUUCUUCCAAGGUGACAAGUCAGGAGGGACUGAUUCGUCACGGGGAGACGACGGCGGUGGCUUUUUCUUCCGAGGAUGGCUCGUCCUCAGGCGGCAAGAAGUCCAGCGGCUCCAGCAGCCGCUCCACGUCCACGCGUGCCACAUUCUCAGCACCAGAUGCCGGUACACCUGCAAACAAAGUGGACGAAACAUUUUCAGACACUGCGAACCAAAACGUAGCAUAGGUUUCCUUCCUACGUUUUGAAGGAAUCUGACCUUUUAGCCAGAUUGCUGGCAUCACGCCGGCCGAAAGGCUAAACUGUUUUUUUUUUUCUUAAACUAUGAUAUACAUGCUUUUUAGUUAAUAUUGUGUUAGAGUAAUACGAUCACAUUCACAAUACAGGACAUUUUCUUAUUUGCUUAUUUGUUUUCUCGUUUUGAAGCACAUGGUAAGAUCUUUUUUGUAAUGUUGCGUUACUUUAAAAGUCUGUGAUAAUUGAUCGCCACACACUAAAUGUAACUCGUAGCGUUAGCGUGGAAAGCAUGGUCUUAAACUGUGUUUUGUUUUU